AUCAUGGUUGAAAGUGAUUUAGGCGUUGCUUUAAUACGCUAAAUCGGAUAUUCCAUAGGGAUUAUUUAACAUUUGGGUAGCAAAGAGAGCGUUAAGGCUUUCGCGCAAAAUAUGGAGAAAUUUGAAAUACAAACAACGACUUUCUUAAGAUACAUGUACGUAACAGAAUUUAUCGCCGAGCAAGAUAAGAAAUGUAAUUACUUUCUUAAAAAGUUUCACCCUAAAUCAGAGCAAUCGCAACUCAGAGCUCAUCCAAGUAUCCAGCUAAUUUUUCAAGGAAAAGAGGUUUUGCCUCGAAACAUUCUUGAUGGAUUUGAUGUUAAACAUGCUGAAGGGGAUAUACCCACUUCAGAUUUAGAAAAUCUCAAAACUGAAGAGGCCAGCAAACCUUUGAUUAUAGUUAAGCAAAUGAGAAAUAAUCGGCAGAAUAUUUCAAUCGAGAUUGAUCAAACCAAAGUUAUAAGUGGAUGGACAUCACAAGAUACGGAGUUGAUUUCCAAAGUAGAUUUGCUUCUAGAAAAAAUUGUCCUGAACCAAUUCAAGACAAAGAUAGAUCAGCUAUGCAGAAUUAAGGAUGAAAUUGCGAAUAAUGAUGUACCAGGUGGACAAAAAACAAAGAAGAGAAAACUAUCCAUCGACCAAACUACACUUCGGUCAGGUAAAGGUUUUCAUCCUUUAACAAAGAGUGCUUUUAAUGGAGAAACUAUCGAAUUGGAUGAAAUGGAACAAGAAGUUCUGGCAGACACAAUUCGCAGCGGCCAAGCAUUCUUUCGAAGAAGAGGAUACACGGCUGAAGCUCAAGAGAAAUACCAAGUUCUGACAGAUGAGGUUUCAGAUGGGAUAUUUUCAAUAGACCAGCGAAUCCGCGGGUGUGGAUAUCGAAAUAGAAUUUUGAACAUUUACGUUGAUGAACAAGAUUUUCAAGAACAAAGUCAAAUCUCCAAAAGCAUCGACACAACGUUGCAAGUGUACCAUAUCCUUGACUUUAAAGUCAUAUUUGGAUUAUAUCAGGUACAACUACUGUCAGGUUGUGUAGCUGGUGGUGAAGUAGUAAAUGAAUUUGGGUUAUCGGGUACACUAGGUGGAUACACACGAAGUAAUGCGCAUGAAUACGGCCUUUUAGCAAGGCAUUUUGCUGAACCAGAUAUGGACACAUCUCUUGAGGAACAUGCAAGCGUUUAUUGUAAAGGAGGAAACAAUUCAAAAACGAAAAUCGGUGAAGUUGUGAAAUGUCGAGAGAAAGGGGAAUAUGACAUUUCUGCUGCCAAAAUGAUUCUUGGGCCUAGCGAAACACGCCUAAGAAAUGCUAAAGGCAAACAUGUGCCAAGUAGCUUGUUUCUUUUUAAUGAAGGAAAUCAAGAAGAGCGGCCUGUCUAUAUAUGGGCAAAAGGAGAAACCAUGCCACGUAAAGGAAUCAUUGCUAUACCAUAUUACAAACGAAGAACUCUUCAAGGCCACUACGUUCUGAUAGAAGAUACAAGCGAACUUGAUAGUGAAACGAAUACUUUUAGAUGGAAAAGGUUAUGCGAACGCGGUCAAAGUGGGGCAAUUUUCUGUUCCGAUGAACCAGAUGGCACAUGUGCGCAUGCUAUUUCUAUGCUUGAGGGAAUGCAGAAUUACAAAGAAGUAGACGCCGAUCCAAACAAAAAAGGACUGUAUCUGUCUUUUGGACUAUAUAAAGGAUUGGAACAGUUGAAGACUGAAAUUGGUGAACAAUUAGAGCUUUGCUAGUUUGAACAGUUUCCAAUCAAAUCAAGCAUUGCUGUUUUUUGUCACUUUUGCGUUUAAAAACAUUCUGGUAUGGCGUGACUUCAAUAUGAUAACACGUUGGUGUGCGCGACUUUUUGGUUCCGUGGCGAAUCGCGCGAUGCGUUUUUCAUUGGAACGAAACUUGCGGGUGGGAAUAUUCAGAACAAAGAAAUGAAGUUGAGACUGGUUUGGGUUAAUUUCCGAAACAUACGUCGAAAUCGUGUGCAUUUUAUGAAUAGAAACAUGUUCGUUUAAUGUUUGAUAUGAAAACGUAACAUUGUGUAGUUCUGGAAUAUGAGAUAUAUUCCUUUAAAAUGUAUUUUUAUGGUCAUCACAUUACCAUAUAUUUUUGAAUAUAUUAGAUGUGAAAAAAAUGUAUUGCGUUCGUAUAAGAUCGAUUGCAAGUAAGUAUGAGCUAGCAAAUAAUCAUCAUAUUCAAUACUAAUUUUCACAAUAAUUUAUUGACGUCCAGUUUAUGCGCGGAUAACGCACACGCAUAACAUUUCUUUGACCCCAACCCACCAAACCCUUCCCCCAACCAACUACGGCUGGCUUUGAUGCAAACAAGAAAAAUGGAUGCGUAUCCAAGUUUAUUGAAAUUCGACAUUUAGCAGAUCCAACAGCAGUUUAUUAUAAUUAUUAUUCAAUGGAAAUGACCAGCCUUGUAGCUAAAAUAUUAUUGGAUUUUGUAAAGGAUUUUAUGUGUCAGUAGCACGGUCAAGUGUAAUUCACAAACUCCCUUUUAAUUAGCUGUCAGGAUUCAUGAUAUUUUUCAACAUAAAGUGGGUUUCGGGUGUUGAAAUUGUAAACGAAGGUUAUUAAAUCAACCUGAGUAUUGGUCACUUUAUCUUUUGAUUUAUGUGUGAUUUUGUUAUAUUUCCCAAUACCAAUGAUAUGUGUGUUAGUUUGAUUGGUUUACAGAU